GUCUACAUGGCAUGGGCAGGAUAUGCUCUGUAACCUCUUCUGUGUCUCUCAGCUAGAAUUAGCCCUGUAGAUUUAGCCUUUAGCAUCGAUGUCCAGGUCUUUCUGACAAAACCCUCCAAAGUUUUUACGUGUGCACACACAACCAUACACACCUCAUGUUUCUUUAGCAGUCUAGGUGUUCUGCAGGCGAAAGAGAAACAACGCUGGCUGAGAAGACCUAUGCAUGGCUUCACGUGUGACCGUUUACUCACGGUUUCCCACACAGCCUUAGCUAACGGCUAGCUCUAUUAGGAGAAGAUUUCUGCAUUGACUUUAUUUCCUUUUUGUUUAUUUUUUUUGUGACAACUUCGGCUCGGCUAGUCAAACAGGAUAAAAGUUUGAAAAAAGGACUCAAAAAGGACUUCCUUUAGCCAGUUUUUGACUCAAAAGCUCCUCUAAUUUCCUCUCAUCUAAAUUGGAUCUCAUAAAUCAUGAUGUGGGAGUUCCGCUCUGUAAUGUUUUGGCGGGCGGUGUUUGCUGAGUUUUUCGGCACAAUGUUCUUCGUGUUCUUUGGGAUGGGCGCAGCGCUUCGCUGGACCUCCGGACCGUACCACGUCUUCCACACUGCCCUCUGCUUUGGUUUUGCUGCUGCCACACUGAUCCAAUCCAUCAGCCAUAUCAGCGGAGGACACAUCAAUCCGGCUGUCACCUUCGCCUACCUAGUUGGCUCUCAGAUGUCUCUGUUCCGCGCUUUCUUCUACAUUUGCGCUCAGUGCCUGGGGGCCCUGGCAGGAGCUGGAGCCCUCUAUGGAGUUACACCCAACAACAUGAGAGGCACAUUGGCACUUAACACGCUGCAGCCAGGCAUGAGCCUGGGCAUGGCGAUCACAGUGGAGGUGUUCCUCACCAUGCAACUGGUGGUCUGUGUCUUUGCUGUCACAGAUGAGCGACGAAACGGACGCCUGGGUUCUGCCGCUCUUUCCAUCGGUUUUUCCAUUACCAUGGGCCACCUGAUGGGGAUGUACUACACUGGAGCAGGUAUGAACCCCGCCAGGUCUUUCGGUCCUGCUGUUAUCAUGAGGAAUUUUAUUAACCAUUGGGUGUACUGGGUGGGGCCCAUGAUUGGUGGUGCUAUGGGUGCCAUUCUGUAUGAUUUCAUGCUGUUCCCCCGUAUGCGGGGUCUUUAUGAGAGGCUAGCCACUCUCAAGGGUAGCCGACCUCCAGAGGCCAAGAACCAGCAGGAGACCCGCGGUGAGCCCAUUGAGCUCAAGACUCAAACCCUUUAAACCUGUAAAGAACCUUUGGAUGGAAAUCUGGCUCUAUUUCACUGGACCAUCUCACUGCCCCAACAAACAGCCUUUAUACCUCAAAACAUACUAGAAAAUACAUACCGGAUUAAAUAAAAUCUGGGUGGGUGUGACCCACCCAUAAGGCCACAUAUCUACUAAACUACUGACAAUAAAAUCAGGGGACAGUUCACCCAAAAAUGAAAAUUCUGUCAUCAUCUAUUCAACCUUAUUUUGUUCAAAGACUUUCUUCCAUGGAACAGUAAAAGAGAUGUUAGGUAGAAUAUUAGCCUCAGCAACAUUUACUUUAAUUAUAUUUCUUUUUGUGUUCCACAUAAAAUAAAUAAUAAUAAAAAAAGUUAUACUGGUUUGGAACAACAUAAACGAGGAGUAAAUGAUGACAGAAUUUAAGGGACAUUAAGGGAAAAUCAACUACACUCUUGAAAUUCUGUUUAAUAUUCUAGGUUUGUACCUAUAUGCUGAUAUGUUGUUGAAAUGCAGGGCAGAGGGCAGUGCUGAGUCAGCAGUCCACGUGGCAGAACCAGUGGGAUGUGGGCAGGGUGUGUGAAGUGGGUGGGGUUUAUUGUGGGAGGGGCUAGCACAGUUUAUAUAGGCUUGCUUUCCACAUUUCAUCUGAUUACACAUUUUCAAUUUUAAGUUCUACAACACAAGAUGCGGAUGUAUGCAACUUAGCAGGGUUUUACAAUUUUAUUUUCAUAUUUCUUUUCUUUUUAUUUCUGUGUGAGAGUUCAUGUGUGCAUGCAGGUGAAUGCUAGUGUGUGGGUCUUUUUGCGUGUGUGAGGGUGUUUAGGAAGAUGUGCCCAGGCAUGUGUGUGUUUAGUUUGUGAAUGACCAAGCGUUUGUGUGAGUGUGUUGUGUUUGUCAGCUAAGCAUUUAUUUUUGGUUUUUAUCAUUACAGCUUGCCCAUGUUUGUAUCAUGCUUGUUUUUUAUUAUUAUUAUUAUUUUUAUGGGAAUCUAAGACAUCCCAUACUGUAUUGUUUGAAAUGAUAUUCCAUUCACUUUGACUUACACACAAUCCACCAGUGGACUGACAGCCGCCUUUACCACCAGUCUAUGCUAUGACUUAAGUAUAAAGUGUCUGUGUUGCCUUUCAUUAAAUCUUGUUUGAGGAUAACAUCCAUGACUGGGCAAAAAAUGGCAAUAUUGAUGUCAAUAAGAAUCAUAUUUGAAUGCAAAUAAAUACAUGGAAAAGAAAGCGUUCUUGUGUAUAUCG